AUGAGUGCGGGCCAAGAGUCUAGUCUUCGAUACCUCUUUGCCGAAGCUAAGUCGAAGAGUGAUGCGCUUGGGUCCUUCACAUCCGCGAGUGAUUCUGCGUAUCAGGAAAAUGUCCUCGCCGCGAUAGAGAGCCUCGAGCAAUGCAGGAAGCUUGCGCGUCAAAUUUCCCUCUUCAGUCCGAAUGAGGAGUUCGAGGAUAUCGCAUCCACUGACCUGCCAUAUCUCAUGAUAGAUUACCGUCUAGGGGACCUCAUUCUAAAAGAGAACAACCAAAGUCGGAAGGGCACUCUAGAAAGAGCCCAGGAAGCUUUCGCGAGAUUCUUGCGCCUGUUGGACACAUAUCGAAUACUCUCGAAGACCGACAGCGAGCUCUUCGAAAGAUACCUUGAGAAUCAGAAUGGCUUUGCAGUAAUACGGAGCAAUGACCCCUCGACAAGGAGAGACUCGAAAAUAAAGAGGUACAAGGAGGAAAAGAGCUUGAAAGUCAAAUUGGAUCAUUUGGCACAAAUUUCAACAGCCUCGGAGCAGGAUGAUAGUUCAAUUCGAGAUCUCUACCACGCUGAGGCCGAAAUCAGUACGUACAAAGCAUUUGAGAGUCUUGAUACCAUCGCACAAGAGCUCAAGAUUCUGGCCUUGAUGCCACAAUCUCCACCGCCUGGACUAGGGAAGAGCGAGCUCGAUUACCGGGAACGAAACGGCCUGCACAAGGAUGGUUAUUCCGAUCGCCUUGACCCCUCUCUAUCUGAAAUGUAUAGGAAAGGCAAGGCAGGACCCAUUCUGAACAAAGACGGAAAACCACUCCAGCCGUUCACAUUGCUAGAUAGCAGACAGAGGCUACAAAAUGGUGUUUUCGGACCUGAUCAUUCCCUUCCAACAAUGACUAUUGAUGAAUACCUAGCCGAGGAGAGGAGAAGGGGCGGUAUCAUUGAUGGGGGAGCAGAAAACUCCGUCACUGCCGCUCAGCUCGAUGAGGAUGACGUGGAUAAAGCUGAGGCCGAAACGAUGAAGGCCCGAGAGUGGGACGAAUUCGUUGAAGCAAAUCCAAAAGGUAGUGGAAAUACUAUAAAUCGUGGCUAG